AUGGAAAGAGAGAAACUCCUGUCUGCACACAUCAACUUCGAGGCGGCAGCAACCUUGAUUGCAGAAAUCAAGACUAUCCUUUGCAGUCGGCGUGAACCUUUCUCAAGAAUCCAAAGCACAAGACAGGCUCGGGCACAGAAAGACUCAAUGCUGAUUACCUGGUUUCGUUUCCUUUGUAACCGGUAUACCUAUUAUGGGCUAAUGAAUGAAACAAAGCACAUCCAAUCGAGAGGGCGAAGAUAUAACUCCAUACCCUCAUUCAACAAUCUCCAAAAACGCACUGUUUUGUCUCUCUCUUGUGCUAUCAACUCACAAGGCGGAGACAUGAUUCUGCUGGAAGGAAAAAACAAUGAUCGCAACUCUACCUUUGACUUCAAGUCGUAUAUGAUCCGUAAAGCCGAAUCCGUAAGUGCGGCUCUCGACGUUUCAGUACCUCUUCAAGAACCCCUCACGAUCCAGGAGGCUGUGCGGUACUCAUUGCUAGCUGGCGGAAAACGUGUUAGGCCUCUGCUCUGCAUUGCCGCCUGCGAGCUUGUAGGAGGCGACGAGGCUACUGUCAUGCCAGUGGCUUGCGCGGUCGAGAUGAUCCACACGAGCUCUCUUAUUCAUGACGAUCUUCCGUGCAUGGACAAUGCCGAACUCCGCAGAGGCAAGCCCACCAGCCAUAAGGUAUUUGGAAAAGACAUGGCGGUUUUGGCAGGUGAUGCACUCCUUGCUUUAGCUUUUGAGCACAUGACCGUUAUGUCGAGUGGAUUGGUCAUUCCGGAGAGGAUGAUCCGUGCGGUAGUUGAGUUGGCAAAGGCGAUAGGUACAACAGGGCUAGUUGCUGGACAAAUGAUGGAUCUAGCCAGCGAAAGAAUGAAUCCAGACAGCGUCAGAUUGGAGCAUCUAGAGUUCAUCCAUCUCCACAAAACAGCGGCAUUAUUGGAGGCAGCGGCGGUUUUAGGGGUCAUAAUGGGAGGUGGGACAGAGGAAGAGAUCGAGAAGCUUAGAAAGUAUGCGAGAAGUAUUGGGCUGCUGUUUCAGGUGGUUGAUGAUAUUCUUGACGUAACGAAAUCCACUGAGGAAUUGGGUAAGACCGCCGGAAAAGAUGUAAUGGCCGGAAAGCUGACGUAUCCAAGGCUGAUAGGUCUGGAGAGAUCGAGGGAAUUUGCAGAGAAACUGAGCAGGGAAGCAGAGGAACAGCUUCUAGGGUUUGAUUCGGACAAGGCGGCGCCUCUGGUGGCUCUUGCUAGCUACGUUGCUUACAGACACAACUGAUAGUUUUUAUGGACUGAUCAUCAAAUUCUCAAUGCAUCGAAUCUCCUAAUUAGUCCUUUUAGUUCGAUCUAUGGUCUUGUUUCUUAUAAAUCAUUUAUGAUGUGAUCAUCUCUCUGUGUUUUCAAGUUGUAUUUUAGUAUUGUCUUUUUGAAUCUUAAUGUCAUGUUUCGACA